AUGAAUAAAACAGUUAAAAGGGCUGAUAGCACUAUCCAUGGAACCUUUUUUUCUCUUCUAAUGGUGGCGUACAUUGGAUUUAUAUUUAGAUAUAAGCCCUAUAAUUAUCCAAGACUGUGCUGGUGGCAAGCUUUGAGCUUAAUUGGUGUGGUCUGGCUUUCUGUGAUCUCGACAAUCUCAUCAAACACUAAAGGAAACGCGUAUAUUUAUUUUUCAGUAGUGUGUGUAGGAUGAAUAAUAAUUGCUCUUGUCGGAAUUUAUGUGCAAAGAAGAAAGUAUCCCAGCCUUCUGUAUCGGAAAAAAGGCUUAGAUACAACUCAUUUAUUCAAGUUCGCAUUUACUUUUGGUAAGCACUCCAAGAAUGCUCUUGCAAAAAUCGUCCCGGAUCGUCGUCCAUCAUCUGUAGAUUUAAUGCCGAAGGAUUUUUCAAUUGCAAAGGAAGUUGAUUAA